GACAUCCUCGUUAAACAAACCGACCUGAAGCUAUUUGCAUCCGUGUCAACCCGUUUUUUUAUUUUUGACAUGUUAAGACAGACUGUUUCGCUGGUGCUGAAAAAGCAGCUAUGGAAAGUGCACUGGGCCACUCUAAGCAGCACGACACCCUAUUACAAGGAACAGCACAAGCAAGGUCCUACAAGCAGACCAUUCAAAAUUGCCAGUCUUGACCAUCUUGUACUGACCGUCAAGGACCUGGACAAGACGGUCGAUUUUUAUACACGGGUGUUGGGAAUGGAAGCCACAACAUUUAAGGGUGGAAGAAAAGCAUUAAACUUUGGAGAACAGAAGAUAAACUUGCACGUUCAUCGCCAAGAGUUUGAACCAAAGGCUAGCAUCCCAACUCCAGGUUCUGCAGACUUAUGCUUUAUCACGAUCACAUCACUCGACGACGUGCUUAAACAUUUAAAGGCUUGCAAUAUUGACAUAGUUGAGGGCCCAGUAGAAAGAACUGGAGCAGUUGGUACAAUCCGGUCUCUGUAUGUCCGUGAUCCUGAUGGAAACCUCAUUGAAGUCUCCAAUUAUAUCAACAAAGUGGACCGAAUCUAG